CAUGCAUGGCAAGUACAAAGUGUGGUCUACUUUACUUAAUUAUAAUAUACUUUACUUAAUUAAAUAAAUUACUAUGUACUCUAUUUUUUUCGUGUUCUGUAAUGUAUUUUAUUAUUUUAUUACUUUGCUUCUUUUGCUUUUUACCCGAGUAAAUCCUUCAAGGUAUUCAUCAUCGAUCUCUGCAUAACCUAAAGCAGAAAAGUUUAGCAUUGGGAUGUCCUCAGAAAUAUUUUCAUCACCAUACAAGACUGGGUUAGGUGUAGUAACUACACAAUCAAACGUUGGGUCAAAGAUGAUCUCAUCAUUUCAUUUUGGGCCUCUAAUAAAACUUUGUUUGCAUCAUAGGUGACCGAUUGGUGAACAUCCUCGAUUACCGCCUCGUGAAGGGUGGCCAUCGGGGUUUCAUCAAUAGCCAUAAUAUGCUGGAUAACCACAACAUGGGUAGUAUCAUCAGUAAGGGCCUCGAUGUGGACAGAUAGAGUAGCAUCAAUAGGGACCGCGUUGUUGUCUAUUACCACCAUAACAAUACCAGGAUCCGUAAUUCCAGCUGGAGUUAAGUCAAAGUUAGAAGUCAAAGAGUACUAGACAAAAUAGUAUCAAUAAAUCAUCAAUUUGGGCAUUGGUAUGGUCUGUUACCAGGAAGAUAGGACCAAAGUCAUUAUUUGUAACCAUUGAACCAAAGAUAGAAGCUUCAUUAGGGGCCUCAGCAUCCAUUGCAUUACCACUAACAGGGAAUGCAUGUACCUCUAAACAAUCAAUAACAGGGGCAGAAAUAACAGUCACAUCUACAUCAUGUAAUGUAAUAUCAACCAUGGCGCUGUCGGUGCAAGUUUUCAUGGCGCUGCCACUUUUAGCUACGCGGUACAGUCCCUAAGCUUGGCCAAGGCUUAGGGGUGGAGUCGUAGUCACCGGAGGCCGGAGUUUGGUGUCCUGGAAUUUUAGUCUCAGCUUGGUUUUCCUUGUCCAACUACUUGCUUUGUUUUUACCCCUGAUGUCUGGUUCGUGGUUUGAGUUUCUUGACUUGAAGUUUGGUUUGAACUGCUGGCCUGCUGUGAUUGUGGAUGGUGUCUUUUACUGUGGGUUCGCUGGUUGGUUACAUUGGGUUUGUUUGUUGCAUAAGCUGAUGUUUUCCCGGCUACUGUUGUACCGCCGUUUGACGCUGUUCAUCGUUGCCGUUGGGGGUCACCGGGGUCUAACGGGGAUGGGGGUGGCAGGUGAAGUAUCGGUGUGGCAAGGUUCUUUCUCUCCGGAUGGUUUUUUCCUUCUCGCCGUUGAUGCUGGGAUGACGCUGGAGCCUGGCGGAGGUGGGGGGACGACGGAUGUUGAUGCGUCGCUGACGUGGCUGCUCAACGAUUUUGAAUUUGGAAGAGGGCGGCACAGACUUGACGCGAUGGCAGAAGUCACUCUUGGGCUGCAAACCCUAGGGGAUGGCCUGCUGGGCCGCGCGAGUUUGGUGGGCUCUAGCUUCGGUGAUGGGUUUCAUUGGCCUGGAUCCUGGAAGCCUAGUUUCUGAUUAUACACGUGUGUGUUUGGGCCAAAUGUUCUGAUUUUGGUUGCUGAUGAGGAAGGGUGGAGGCUCCUUCAUUGGACUUGAAACCUGGAUUCUUGGAUAUUUUGGUUGGGAUGUUGCUAGGGACGGGCCUUCAUUAGCCCAUAACUAGUUUUGAUUUUAUUUGUUUUGAUAUAUGAGCCGAGGACUAUCCCGUGCCAUAGUUUGGAUUUUUUUGGACACUAAGUUGGGGCCUGUUCCGCGCUAGUUUUGAUGUUUUGAUGGACCUUCUAAAAUCUCUCUCCUGCCCAAACCUUUGGGUGGAGGUGGGAGGGAAUGGUGGAUACUAUUAGGUUAGCUAGCUAGCUUAGAUAGUUUUUGUGAUAUUUUUUGAUGCGUUGUAUUAAUAAUUUCUGGAUAUAUAUUUACAUUUUAUCCAAAAAAAUGUAAUAUCAACCAAAUCAUUAAUGGUAUUAUGAACGAGAUUAUCAGUUGGAAUACAAACUGCAGAUUGAUCA